AUGAUCAUAAAGGUUGAGCUCAGAUGCGACGUGACACCCGCGCCGUUUAUGCUUCGUCCUUAUGCCGGCAUUUACAAUCCGUUUUCGCAUCGAUGUUCGGUUCUGUGCAAUCAUCCGGCUGACACCGAAGCAAAGGAGCAUGUCAAAAGAAUGAAGGAUAAUUGGUUACUCGAGGGUAAAUCUCAUUGUUUUCAAGAGGAUCUUUCGAAGUUCCAAGAACAGAACGGCACUGAGAAGAUUAGAACGCCACACGAUAUCGUUACUGAGGACAUGUUCCGAAGAUAUGCUGAGACGGACUCGAGGCCAUUGACACCGGCUCCGACCCUCGCCAGUGGAAAGUCCAGAGGUUCUCGCCGAUGUCUGACACCUGACCAGCCUCAUCAGAGGACCGCCAUCGUUUUGGAUUUGAGGAGAAGUCAUAGCCAGGAGACACUGUACUAUCACGGUUAUGGGACCUCGGAGACCACUGCCGGACCCAACACGAGUCCCACCAACGAUCGUUCCACGCUACCGUCACUGAACUUGUCCGAGGGUGCGCACAAUCGUUUGCUGAAAGGCCAGUGUGAGCAAUUACCGCCGCUGGCUUCUCCACUCGUUUUAGCCAAACGGUCUUUGCCACUCAAGGAGAUUGCUAGUGUCAGGACUGCCCGAAAGAAUCAACUUAAAGCUUUGAACUUAGGCAAGCCACCGAAGACCAAGAAAAAUGACAUUCCAUCGUCACAGCGUUCCAAGAAUGACAGAGAAGUAAACGCUGGCAAUGAAACUCUUCGCGACGAUGUAGAUGAUGGAGGUGGUGGAGAACAAAAAAGACGCGGCAAACGUCGUCGCAAAGGACGUCCAGGAGGCAGCGACCGCUUGACUUCGGCGGGAUUGGCAGCUCAAACACAGCAAGACCCUGAAACACAAAUCGCCGGAAUAGGAACUGACUCACAGAACCCUAGUUCCCGAGGCUCCGUCGCUUCGACAGCCGAUGAUGAUAUCAUUGUACCGCCGGUUGUCAAGACCAGUAUAGCGAAGAAGACCGACUCAUUUCUCGAUGACGAUAUAUUGAAAUACCUGCACAGAGAAGUCGAUGAAGAAGCAAUCGAAAUUGAAUUUGAUGUAAAGAGACGUUACGUCCUUGAAGAAGCUCUGCGCACGCGUCCCGAUCGUCCUCAAGGUCAAGAGAUGCAGGCUCUACUUCGGGAACUGAAGGUUCCAGCUGUAAGUCUCGGGGACUGGCUACACAUACCAAGAGUGUUCUCGAGACAGAACGCACAGUUUUCAUUGCCGAUAGAUUCGAAUGAACUUGAGGUUUUAACUCCAAUGAACUACGCAGCGAGAUUCGUAUCUUUGAAGAAGUCAAAGCAAUUAUUGUAUCUGACCGUGUUGAGGAAAUUUCGUCCGAACGGCUAUAGGAUGCCUAUAAAGGAUAUAGAAGAUGGUCUUAUCUUAAUGAUGGGUGGUAUUAUGACACUAAGUCAAGUCAACCACUUCAAAGAAAUCAUGAGCUGGACGUAUUAUGAGGAAGAAGAGAGUAUACCGGACGAAAUUAAGUUGACCUUACUGAACACCGGAUACAGGAAGAACUCUGUUUCUGAGGGAGGAGAUUCAGAAGAGCCUGAAGGACACACAGUUAAAUUUAGAACUUGGUGUGGUCUGUGCGCGAUUUGUGAACGCAUGUACGGACGAUUUCCGCUUCGAGAGAAAGAUCCCCCAGACGGGAUUGAAUUAAGUGAUUUUAGCAUGAUAGAAGUUAAACUAGCUACACUUAAAGUAAACAGUGGGUUGAGAGAAAUUUUAAAUACAAUAAAAGAACGAUAA